GAGCCCUUAUAUUCAAAGAAAAUAACUCACUCAAACAAUAUGUAAAGCACACUAUUCCAAAUUCCACUCACAUUAUUAUAUCUUCACAUCAAAGUAUCAAACAUAGGUGGCAUUGUGGCAAUGGCAUAAUCAUUAACCAUUUUACAAAACAACAUCUUCUUCCUCUACCUCACUCUCUCUCCCACAAUUUUCUCUCAAAUGGGUAUCAAAAUAUUCAUGUUUUCUUUCAUAAUAACCUCAAUAUUAUUCUUUUUUCUCUUUAUACCAACAAGAUUAACCACUCAAAUCUCAACCUUAAAACCUAGUACUAUGAACUACUUCAAUGUCAUAACAACCAACAAAACAUAUCCAAUUACUUUUGCUUACUUAAUCUCAGCAUCAAAAGGAGAUGUUGUAAGACUCAAAAGGUUACUUAAAGUGUUGUACCAUCCAAAUAACUAUUAUUUGAUUCACAUGGAUUAUGAUGCUCCAGAUUCAGAACAUAAAGAUGUGGCAGAAUAUGUUGCUAAUGAUCAUGUUUUUGGUCAAGUUGGGAAUGUUUGGAUUGUUGGAAAGCCUAAUUUGGUAACUUAUAGAGGACCAACUAUGCUUGCAACUACUCUUCAUGCUAUGGCAAUGCUUCUUAGGACAUGUCAUUGGGAUUGGUUUAUUAAUCUUAGUGCUUCUGAUUAUCCUUUGGUCACACAAGAUGAUCUGAUUCAAGUUUUCUCUGAGGUGCCAAGGGAUAUUAAUUUCAUACAACAUAGUAGUCACUUGGGUUGGAAACUGAAUAAGAGAGGGAAGCCAAUGAUCAUAGAUCCUGGACUUUAUAGCCUCAAUAAAUCAGAAAUUUGGUGGAUCAUUAAGCAAAGAAAUUUGCCAACAUCUUUUAAACUAUACACAGGCUCAGCUUGGACAAUAGUAUCAAGAUCAUUCACUGAGUAUUGCAUAAUGGGAUGGGAAAAUCUACCAAGAACUCUACUCCUCUAUUACACAAACUUUGUCUCAUCACCAGAAGGAUAUUUCCAAACAGUAAUAUGCAACUCACAAGGCUACAAAAACACCACUGCCAACCAUGAUCUUCACUACAUUACUUGGGACAAUCCUCCAAAACAACAUCCUAGGUCUCUAGGACUUAAAGAUUAUAGGAAAAUGGUUUUGAGUAGCCGUCCGUUCGCGAGAAAAUUCAAGAGAAAUGAUAUUGUUCUUGAUAAAAUUGAUAGAGAUCUUUUGAAGAGGUAUAAGGGAGGAUUUUCUUUUGGUGGAUGGUGUUCUAAGGGCGGAAAGAACAAAUCAUGUUCGGGUUUGAGAGCCGAGAAUUAUGGUUUGCUUAAACCUGGUCCUGGUUCAAGAAGGCUAAAAAAUUUGUUAAAGAAAAUUCUCGCGGAUAGAUUUUUUCGCCAAAUGCAGUGUAGGUAAACAUUUUUUUAUAUAUAAGUUGGGUAUUGUGCGCACCGAUCAAAUCGGUAUGGGCGAUAAAGCUCUCUCCAAGUGUGUUAUCAUGCUUCAUUUUUUUGUUUCAAUUUGAAAUUUUGGAUCAAGCAGAUAAAGAUUCGUAUCAUCUCAUCAAAGCAUUCUUUGAAAGUGUAGGUUACCAUUUGAUUUCCAAUUUAAUGGAUUGAUCACUUGUAAAGACAAUAUACCAAAAAUUAGGUUAAUAGUUUA